AUGGGGAAAUCGCGUGGGAGACGGCUCGAGAAGAAAGUCGCCAAGGAACGGCCCGUCGACGGUCUGGAGGACUUAGGUGAACAAGAGAAGGAUGACUACUCCGUGAGCACCAAAGACUCCAACGGCCACAAUGUGUUUUUUGGCUUAGUUGACCCUACCGAAGUUGAUUACUUUAAGCAGGCGGAGCUGACGCUCAACAUCGGCGCCUUCGAUGGUGAUGCUGACCGCCAGGGUUUCAUUCGCAGUGUGUUGGAGGAAGCUAAGGGGAAGGAGCUCAAAUUGAUGACGAACCAGAUUUGCCUGAAGUUGAUGGAGCGGCUCAUCUUGGGCGCCGUCGACUACGAGGUCAAGUACUUGUUUUCGGUGUUUGUGCCGUACUUCACCGCGUUAAGUCACCAGAAAUACGCUUCCCACGUGCUUGAAACAUUGCUCGUGAGGGCAGCGCUGGUGUUGGAGAAGGAGUUGGCGGGAGAAGUCAUCGCCGAGGACGACCGCGAGCCGCUUGCGUCGAUGGAGGACAUGUUUACGUCGGUGGUGAACCAGAUGCAACCCGAGGUGAAGCAGAUGAUGACCCACAACUACGCCUCCCACGUGUUGCGGGUGAUGCUCCUCGUGCUUGCCCUGAAGGAAUUGCCCAGCACCACCAAAGCCCACUCAACGUUGCGGUCGAAGAAGCUGAAGAUCGCCAGAAAGAUGAUCGAAAUCAAGGACACUACCGACUUCGGCAAGCAGUACCAGGUGCCGGGCCUGUUCAAAGGGUUGCUCAAAAGCUUAGUCGAUGCCUCGUGGGAAGGCGAAGCUACCGCUACCAGUCAGGACGAAGAAGCGAAGAAGGCGUCGACAAAAAAGUUCAGAGAGCUCGCCAUCAACAAGGUGGCGCUGCCGGUGCUCCAGUUGCUCAUUCAAGUCGAAGGCAUAAACGAUCGCGACCGCACUGUGUGGCACCUUAUCUUUGCAUCUACAGAGGAAGCCGACAACGACGAGCUGGCUUUUGUUGAGUACCUUCUUUCUGACUCCGUCGGGUCCCACUUCCUUGAGCUGUGCGUGAAGCUGGACACCGUGAGACCCAAGUACGUCGAGCGUCUCUACAAGCUCUACAUGGCCGACCGCGUGUUGAAGCUCGCCAAGCGUGCCACCACCGGGGUGUUUGUUAUCCAGGCCCUCUUAUUCCGCCUUCGCGCCCCUGACGUCGAGCAUAUCCUCGAUGAAAUCAUCCCCGAGCUUGCAGGAUUGAUUGACGUUGAAAAUAACGAGAACUUAGAUCUUGCGCAACGAGUUAUUGACGCUCUGAUUGCUCGUUCUAACUACCGUCGACAAGAACUUAUCGAUCAGUUAUUCGCUAAGCUUGCCCCCAAUUACCCUUCCGCCGCUAACGAACGUGACGACUUCACCGAGGAUGUCGAUGCCGAACUCUUAGAGAACACUCUCCAGUUGUCAAAGCUGACGCUUGGUAAUACUCGCGACGACUGGCCUACUGCCGAAGAACGGCGCCGCUCACUUUUCCUCGAGAAGUUGAUGGAGUACGACGAUAAAUUCGUUAGGGCGGUGUGGCUCAACUUCAUGGCCUUGCCGAGAGAAAGACUUCUGCAGAUGUGCUUCCACGGGGUGUUCUCGCACGUCGUCGAAGCCCUGAUGAAGGUUGAUCCUCAUGAGAACAAGAAAGUUGAAAUCUUGCGCAAGCGUUACCUCCAGCUUUUCCAAGGCCACAUCGUUGACUUAGCCUGUAACUCAUACGGCUCGCAUUUGGUGGACAAGUUGUGGGCGUUUACGGUGUUGUUGCCUAUGUUCAAGGACCGCUUCGCCCAAGAGAUGUUUGAACAGCAGAAUAAGGUCAAGGACUCGCAAUACGGACGCAUCGUUUGGAAGAACUGGGACUUAGAAAAGUUUGUCAGAAAGAAGCUGGAUUGGCGCCAUUUGGUGAAACAGCAGGAACUUGAAUUCAAGGAAGCCAACCAGCGGAAGAAGACUAAUAUUGAACGCAAGUUGGAGCGCUUGGCUAAGACACAAAAGCCCAACGAUGACGGGCCCAACGCUAAGCGAUUUAAGCGAUGA